UUAAGGAAAGAAAAAAAAAAGCCUAAAUCACGGAAGAGGUUCUGCAGCUCUACUAGUUUGGCAAGUUCUCUGGACUCGGAGCAGCGUAGAAAGGCGGAGAGAAGGGAAACUGACAUUUGCUUAGAUUUAAACGUGUCUCUUGUGCUACGCGCGGUUAUACGAGAGAAGAGUCAUGGAGGGCGCCAUUCAGACCGUGGUGAAGGUCUUCCUGAAGUCGAGCAAGGGAAAAGAGAGGCUCGGAAAGAAAGAAUUCCAGACCCUCGUCAAGUCUGAGCUUUGCAACGUCCUGACGGACACAGACAGCAAGGAAGCGAUAAACAACAUGGGCCAGGGCCUGGACGCCGACAAGGACGGCAGGAUCGGCUUCGAGGAGUACAUGAAGCUCGUCGGCUGGCUGGCCGUGUCGCUCAGCGAGCAGCGGAGCCGCGCCCAGGAGGAGGCGGCCCAGAACGCCUCGUCCGAGCCGGUGGCACAGAGCGCCCCCGGCGCGGAGGCCACGAAGCCGGAGGCCACGAAGCCGGAGGCCACGAAGCCGGAGGCCAACGCCGACGCCAAGCCGGCGCCGGAGGUGAAGGCGGGCGGGAAGCUGGAAGUCAAGGCGGAGGGGGCGGCGCAGCCUCAGGAGCCCACGGCGGCGGCGGUGGCGGCGGCGGCAGCGGAGGUGGUCGUGAAGGAAGAGAUCAAGGUGGAGGUCACAGAAACGGUGGUGGAGGCAGUAAAGGAGGAAGCAGAGCCCGAGGCCCAGACGGAGGCCACCUCAUAGGGGACGAUCCUGCCGUCGGCCAAAACCUCCCUCUACAUGUUUACAUCCAGCACAACACAAAAUCAGCAUCAACGUUGCCAAAGCAUUUUCUUAAACAUUCUCGUAACGUCAGUAAACAUGUAAACACUACAAACCCAGUCCUGAAGAAACCCCAUCUCUAUUGUAUGACACAUACUACAUGUACUCGGCAGUAGAACUAUGUCUUUGUACUUAUAACUACUAACCACACUUUGUCUAUAUGUACAGCAUGUGUGCCCCACUAUUUAGCACAUUUACCUCAUUCUGAUAAUGUACCACGCAGCAUGCAGACGCUCCACCACGUGCAUGCAGUGUCCCUCUCACUACUACGCGCCAACAAAGACUUAUUAUGCUAUUAUAUGUCGUUCGGAGCCUCUCCCCAUUAUCUGUCACGCGUCCCAGUCCCACAUCGCCACCGCGCACUUCAUGGAAUAGUUUGAGAUUCUGGGAAAACACCAGCUUUCUUGCCAAAAUGUGGACAGCAAACACCAGCAGUCGUGUCCGGCAGCACUUCAGCUCAUUGAUACGUGUUUUACGUGGACAAAUCUCAACUGUAACAUUUUAAUUAGUGCUAAACGAUGCUUAAGGAUACAGACUCACGUUUCCCGUGAACGUUUACAGUUCUCAGUUCAGUUUUGGCAAGAAAGUGCAUUUCAAAGUAUUCCUGCAAUGGCUGCAUGAAAAUCUGUCAUUAACACUAGUUUGUUUUUUACAUUCUUAUCUUUUAACUCGAUGCUAUGGAGCUAAUUUGGCAUGACAAUAAACAAAUAGUUUUGCUGAAGCUUGGACUUCCUUCAGCUCAUCUUCAUUGUGUACUCCAUAACCCCUCCUUCCUCCUCAUAGUGGCUUUUAUGGGCUCUGUCUCUUUUUUCUCUGUAAUAUGAAUUUAGGGCAUUGACCUAAUUGGGAGUCUGUGGUAUAAUCGUCAUAGACGAGCAACUGGAAGAGCAGGUGCUAAAUAAUUAAGGUGCAGGAGUGGAAUCCACACCCAAUGUCCCCAAUGGUCAAAAGACAGCAUAGUCCCAUGGGGGUGGGCCGGUGGUUUUGGGCUAGAGCCGGUGGAGACGGACAGAAAACCAACACGAGCGCAUAACGACGCGAAACAGCUGUUGCGUGGUGGCAGGUUUAGCUUCCUGGGUUUUCCAGACAAAGGUGUUGUGAUCAGAUUCCGCAUCGUGGCCUUCGCUUGGAGAAACCACUGUUGGUUUCCUGUUCGUUGUGACCCUCAAGUCCUGGGCUCUGGGUAACUACUGGACUAGGUAUUAGAUGGGUAACGCACCCUGGGGCACCACCAAUUACAUGAAAGUAGUCCCAGGUCAGAGAGUAGGAGGGUUGUUGAGUUAUUUAAGGUGAACAAAUACUGAGCCAUUGAUAUGAAUCUCUGUGGUGUGGUCUUUUAUAGCAAUAAUAAUAAUAAUAAUAUGCUAAAUUAGCUUAUUGCUAAAUAUUUCCAUUUGUAUGACAAUUAUUGUGGCCAUUAUUUAAGUUCUAUCCGGCCUUUGUAUAUUAACGUAAUCUCAUUUUUUAAAUUGUUUUCAACCACUAUGGACAUCACUUGAAAAUGUGCUUCUCUACCUAUGCAAUUUCUUAGUUACAAUUUCAUGACUUCUAAAUUGUCUUAUCAUCAAUAAUGCAGCCAUAAGAAAAAAAAACACACAAAACAAGCUCGUGUUGCAGGGCUGCUAUUUCUGGCUGCACCUGGCCAGUCGUGAAGUGCUCACGGUCGCUCGUAAGUCAAAUAAAGCUGCGUCAUGUGACAGAGCCGCCACUCCCAUUGUAAAUACUCAUUUACACUCACUGUGCUCAGCCUUGGUUUUAUUAAUGACAUCUCACUAACAAACAUAUUAGACAUUGUGAUCUAUUUAGACUCUAUUAUUACUCCUUUUAUUGAAAUGUAUACUUUAAUAGCAGAAUACAUGCUAAUCAUGCUAAUCAUGGUACUUCCUGUGAAUAAUGGAGACAUGUCACUUGCACCAUCUACAGCCAGCUUCCUCAUAUACUUCCAUGUUGCAUGGCUGCUGUUCCCCAUAGACCAGGCGUGUUUGAAUACUUUAAUCAUCUGGAAAUUAUUUUACCAUAGCUAAUGAUUUAUAAUAACUUGCAUUUGGACGGUGAGGACUGUUUCAAAGACGUUCGACUCAAUGAACUGCCGCUCGCUGCUGUCCCAUAGUAUAAACCACACCCAGCCCUGAAUCCACGUGGAUUAAAAGCAAACACAGGGGAUUUGAAGCAGGCGGUGUUUGCAGCCAGAUUUUCAUUGUCGCACAAUAAGUCCCAUUCACGCAGAGAUACGGUGGAUAAAAGCUUUUUCCCCAGCGGAUAUAAGAGGUAUAUUCAAGUGUACGGAUGGGCUUUUAAAACUCACUGGGUCAAACUGUUCUUUUGAUUGUGGGAUCCCUGCCAGACGUUUUAUCACGGCAUUUGUUUCCUGCCAAGUUCCAGAGGGUGUGAGCGCUUGGACUCCUUUCAGUCCACUGUCAUGUCUGGUAAAUUACUCUAUGAUGGUAUUAUUCCCACUUUAUAUGUAAUGCUGUAUCAUGGUUGCUCAGUCUGUGUAAUGUGUUUAACGGCUAGUAUUGAAUAAAACUGUGACAAUGUUCAA